UUGCCACAGUUUGGACCUUGCCCUCCCUCUCCAUCUCCUGUGCGGCUUGCCGCCAUUGCUCAUCCAGACCCUACUUGGAUUUCGCUCUCAGGGACAAAAUUAUCUCAGCCACUGCAUCAACCUAGGAUGUACAAAGCUGAAUGUUUGAUUAAGCAUGAGGAGACUAAAGAUGCGACCUUUACAGGUGCUUGGACAGUUUAACCAUGGAGCAGCCAGCACAAGCGAUAUCUGAUGGCAUGUACGCUUACAAGCAUCGUUGUGAGGGAGGAGUUGAUAUCCAUGACAUCGUGGUCAAGAAGAGCACUUUCAGGAUUCUGCUGUAUUAUAUCAGCACAAUCUGCCUUCUCGUGACUGUUUGCUGCACCCUGUUGUCAAAGGAGAGUUUAGGUCUCGGUUCCCUUUGGAGUAUUUCCUUUGCUGGUGUAAUUGCAAAAUGGUUGCGAUGUGAUCCUGUGAAGAAAGAGUCAUUGGUGAUCAUGCCGACUUUUGGGAUUCAAUUAGAGCAACACUUCUGGAGUGGAAGAGUUCAUCGCAAAUUUGUACCCACCGGCAAGAUUCUAAGACCGGUGCUGAACGAGUGCGUGACCCCUGUAACUUGCUACUGGAGCUUGGCACUGCUUCUACGUGACGAUUAUGGCCUCAUGCUUGUUUUUAAGAACUUGAAUCCACCAGCGAAGAUGUUGAUCCCAAUCUGGAAAGCAUUAUGUGCAUUCGUGGACUCGAAUACUUUGAGCGCUUCUGUAUUACCUCAACUGCACGAUCCACAUAAAUGUGCUGAACAAGACGGAGGCGAACACAUGAUCGCUGAAGACUUUGUUGACUGACAACAGAAUGUUCAUGUUUCCAUACAAAUGACUGAAGACACGUAAUACUACUACACCGGGACUUACUUUAGCCUCAGGAAUUUAGGGACCCACUUGUAACUUUGGCCGUCGUGUAACUCCAUCCUUUGAAUAUUCAGAGUAUAAUGUACUGCACAUAUUUCUUUU